GGCGGGUGGCCGGGGCUCUGUGAAGAGCGCGGCGAGGGCCCAAGCUCCGCAGCCAUCUUGCACACGUCGCUGUGCCUCAAGCGGUAUCCCGCGGGGUCUUCGCAAAGCUACACCCACGAGCAAGCAGUAUGGCCAAGUACCCUUGGGGUGAUGAAAACUUCACGAUGUCGUCGCUCCCAGUUUGCAUGCUCAUCUCAACUGUCUUGGUUGGUGGCGCACUGAUCGGUGUUGGCCCAGGUGGGGCCGUGAAUGGGUUUCCUGGUCCUGAAGACUUAUAUGGGGUAGUCGGCGUGACUUUGGGUUGGAUCGUCAUGUGGUACACGUUCUUGGGCAACCAGAUUGCGUUCAAGUUCGCAGAGAUGGAUGAGAGUCAGAAGCAGACUGCCGCCAACAUUGCUGACCGCGGUGUCAUCAAUACGAUAGAGCAAUGUAUCCCGUUCUUCCUGGUGCUGUGGUUGCAUGCGUUGUUCGUAAAUCCCAGCACUUCUGCAGUGCUCGGGUGGAUCUACGUGGUUAUGCGAUACCUCUACCCGGUAUGCUAUGGCUUAUAUGGUAAGUUUAAUAACAUGGUGGAAAUUCCCGCUCAGGUCAACUACGCUAUCAUAUUCUAUUUGUUUUGGGCAAUCGUCUACAAAUGCACCAAGGCCUCGGACUUUCACACGGACUUGACAAACAUUUCGCCAUUACUUGUUCCACUUGUCGUGUUCCUCUCUGGUGUCACGACCGUGAUGCUCUUCCUGGUCGGCUCAAAGCCAGCAGCGGCUGUAAUUUCGAAGGGCGUUGCCUGGGAUGCGGCAUACAAGCCUCCUUUGGCAUCGCAGUGAGACGAUGAACAUUCGAAAGCCUUGUGCUGCCGCAUGUCGAAGCGGUCUAAGUUACACAACCUGUGCAACCAGAACCAGAGGUGGAACCGCACCCUCUAGAACCCAAACUUAUAUGUCAGUGGGACAUCGUCGCCUGCACUUCAUUUUUCUCCAAACAUCCUUCAGCAGGAGAAGCGCGCCUUGGCGCGAACCAAGCUGGGGCGUCAGUCGAGCUCGGUUGAUUGGCCAUGAGGACGUGCAGGCAACUUUUUUGCGUGGAGCGGUCACUCGGGACAGUUUUGUUGUUGUGCUGUAAAGCUCGUUGUCGGGCUGGUGGGUUAGAGGCUCUCGCCCAGUCUCGCGCGUGAGCAGGAAGCUCGGCCCGCGACAGCGUUGCCCAAACCAUGUUGAUUGAUAACGGGGAGAAGACACGAGGAAGAA